AUGUCCACUAAUAACACUCAUCUCUACACACUGGAUAUCAUAAACAGUACUCAGCCUAUGAUCACGCCUGUAUUUGCUAAAAUUGAUUACUUGACAUAUGCAACACGUUGGUUUAAUCAGUUUGUUGUAGGACCUGUAAUCUGCUCUGUCGGCAUCGUUUCUAACGUUAUCAGCAUAGUGAUUAUCGUCAAAAGUGGACUCCGCAAGCCUUCUAACAUCUUUCUGUUUGGCCUGGCUAUUGCUGACACCAUGGCCCUAUUAUACAUCUUUGAUGUAUCGGAUUACCUUUAUAUGCAGAACAGGGAUUGUAUUUACUAUGGGUGCAAUUUGCUCUUCUUUUCAUAUGCUCCUGCGUUAACUCUUUUUGUAUUUAAAGUAUUUUUAUUUUUCCUUUCCGCACUGGGUGCAAGAUUAUCCACUGUGAUUACUGUUAUAAUCACAGCUGAACGUCUUAUUGCCGUGUUUAAUCCUUUGAAAUUGAAAAGAAUUGUGACACGUAGUCGAGCUUGGAUGGUACUCUUCUUUUCACUGUUAUUUUGGCUUCCGUGGUCUAUUUUCCAAAUAUUCUGGUUCAAAUUUAACUCUGAAUAUAACGACAGAUUUCAGUCGUUCACAACUUGGGACUCCAUGUCAGAUUAUUUUAACAGUUCAAGUUUCGAUGUUGGGUGGUUCAGCGAUGUAAUUAUUUCCCAGCCAUCUCAUACUUUACCGCUGAUCAUUGUCGCUAUAGGCAGUUUAGCAAUUAGCAUCAAACUUAGAAUUAUCGCGUCACAUCGUCAAAAAAUGGUAUCUGGUACAUCAGUGCAAAGAUCAGCAUCUAAAACUACAAAGACACUCCUGAUGGUGUGUCUAAUUUACUCUAUUACACGGUUUUGUUUUGUGAUUCGCUACAUUCCCUCGUUUUACUUCGAUGAUUCGGACGUGAAUAAGGUUUCUCUGUUUUACGACAUAAUUAGAUACCGAUUUGUGGAUAUCAACAGCUCCUGCAACUUUUUUGUCUACGUGGCCUUCAACCCCACGUUCAGGCACAUUUUUGAAAACUUGUUCUCUAGGCGUCGAAUAGAAGAGGAAAGUGAAUCUGCUUACGCUUGA